GUGUGCAUGCGGAACAGCCGGAGGGAAGCGAGCAGGCAAAGUGAUGCUUCAGCACGUUGGACAGCUCCACUCUGCUCCACUCUGCAUCUGAUCACCAGGAGCCUGGCUCACACCAUUCUUCUCCAGGAUGUCAGGAAACCUGUCUCUGUGGGUUUCCACUCCUGCCGAUCCUUUAGAAAAUGGCCCGCUGAACUCAUCUGCUCCACCCUGGGAGGCUCCAUCCUUCACUGUGGCUGCCCGCUGCCGUGUAGCAGCCACCCUGGUGCUGUUCGUCUUCGCCGCUUGCAGUAACCUGUCUGUCCUGAUCAGUGUGUGCUGGGGGCGAGGUUAUCGCCUGGCAGCACACCUCCGCCCGCUCAUCGCCAGUUUGGCAUCAGCUGAUCUGGUGAUGACUUUUGUGGUCAUGCCACUGGAUGCCAUAUGGAAUAUUACAGUGCAGUGGUAUGCUGGGGAUAUGAUGUGUAAGCUGCUGUGUUUUCUCAAGCUAUUUGCCAUGCACUCAGCAGCAUUCAUACUGGUGGUGGUAAGUCUGGACCGCUAUCGGGCCAUCCUUCAUCCUCUGGAUUCGCUCGAUGCUGGGCUCAGGAACAGACGCAUGCUUCUGGUGGCCUGGACUCUGAGCCUGCUGCUGGCAUCUCCACAGCUGUUCAUCUUUCGGGCCAUUAAAGCUGAUGGCGUGGACUUCACUCAGUGUGUCACCCAUGGAAGUUUCCGGUAUCUCUGGCAGGAGACGGCAUACAACAUGUUUCACUUUGUGACACUGUAUGUCUUCCCCCUACUUGUCAUGACAUUCUGCUACACCUGCAUCCUCACCAAGAUCAAUCGGCAAAUGCACAAGAGCAAAGAUGGUGAACACUCCCUCAGACGCAAUGGAACAGACAAGAUACCCAAAGCCCGGAUUAAGACCCUCAAGAUGACCAUUGUGAUUGUUAGCUCCUUUGUCAUCUGUUGGACACCCUACUACCUUCUAGGGAUCUGGUACUGGUUCCAACCAGCCAUGAUCCAGCACACACCUGAGUAUGUGCACCACAUACUGUUUAUCUUUGGUAACCUGAACACAUGCUGUGACCCAGUCAUCUACAGCUUCUACACAGCAUCUUUUCGGGCCGACCUCGCUGACGUGGUAGCGUGCUGCCGCGGUCACCGAAUCAACAAUGCCUCACCUCGCUCUGUGGAUCGUCUUUCUGGUGGAAGUGCUCGAGCUCCAGUGGAAAUGGAGUCUGAUCUAAGCUCAAACCAGCAUAGUGGGAAUCCUGCUUAAACCGUGGUGAUCUGACUCUGAAGAAUUAACCAAUGUCCUUAGUGAAGGUAUCAGCUGUUUGAUGCUCAUCCAUGACUACAAUAUGGAAGGUGAACAACUUAGCUUUUCUCUCUAGGACUGUGUGAGCCGUAGAACUGAUCAUCUCUGCUACUCUUCAUGGAUGUCAGAUAAUCAACCAACCCUUUGUAGGCUGGCUCAGGUUUGCCUUGGACCAACACUUAGUUAUGCUGCUAUAGGUUAAGAUUGCUGAGGUACUUAUGACACACUGAUCUCCUCGCUCCUCCUCUCUCUCUA